CUUGUAUCUUGAUACAGAAUUGUGCCACCCAUAUCAAUAAUGGUCCUAGCCCAUGGUUAUAAAGCAUAGUGAUCUGAGGUAGACCGGAAAGGAGGACAAGAUCUCCCCUGUAUGAGGUCCUCCUAGUACAGGAACCGCAUGGGUAAAUUCGGUGGCAACAAGAAAAUUUACUUAGGUGCGAAAGAAGUUCUUUCACCAGCUCUUACUUCUAAUCCAGACCCACCACCAGUUUUUUAUGGAAUAACAAGUUGUGCAUAUAGUACGUGUGUCCUUGUGCACCGCGUGCUUGGAUUGCCCGGAAUUGCUAGGUUAUUUCGACAAGAUAGGCCUGCCUGGUGCAAGGAGAAAGAGUAUCCUACUAUCAAGGUGCCUUCACUGGAACAUAAUAAUGAAGUGAAAGGAGUGUCUCUUGAUUUGAUUAAAUGUAUCGACAGUCACUUUGAUGGUCUAUCAUUUUUUCCUCAUGAUCCUGCAAAGAAAGAAUUUGCAGAGGAGUUGUUUUCCUGCUCUGGUUCAUUCAGCAAAUCCAUAAAUUCCACAUUCAAAGGUGAAGCAGAUGAAGCUGGUGGAUACAGCUUAUGCUCCAUUUAUUGAAAGAUUUCAGCCAAACUUGUUGGAAUUUAAGAAGUACGCCGUCGCUGCUGGAGGCCUAAACUGGCUACUUGGAUUGAGGAGAUGAACAAAAUCUAGGCUUACAACCAAGCCAGGCGCAAUCCAAAGCAGCGCGUGGAAACCUACAAGAAACGCUUUACGGUUAUAUUUCAAUGAACCCCCACUACAAUACCCAGGGAUGCUUCUCGUUUAUAUAUCCAUGUCGUGGUAAUGUGUUCAGCGUAAUCAGCAUGAGCAUUCUCUAACUGAGAUCACAAACAUACCGCGGCAGGAAAAAAUACACCAUGGUUUCUGCUUGUUUUUUCAGCAAGCAAAGGCAGCCUAAAACAACCCAAAUAUUGCUGAGUGCUAGCUACAGUAUCAGCCUCGUCAACAUGUGGCACCGCAGAUGCUAGAGUAGAAGAUCUGAAGGAGGUUCUUAUCGUUUACAAAGCAACAUAUUGCAAUGUCAUGUAAAAGCCUCCACAUGCAUCAGGUUCGAGUACGGCUGUCAAUGUUAUCACUUCCGAACUUGCAACACGAAGAUUGAUUCUCGGUGUAAUGGUAACUCUCUUGAUUUGGUGAUCCUGUCUUGGUUCUACAUCACAAGGGUAAAUCAUCGUCUAAUGACUUCCAUAGAGAUUAGAAAACAACUUGAGAUCAGUCAUCACUGUGACUCAAUUCUGGCACUAUGCUGAAAUGCCACAGGCCAUAAGAAUGAUGUGAUCAUAACAUUGCAUCUCACUGGAGUAUUAUCCGCAAGAGCAUCUCAGAUAAAAGUAACAAACUUGACAAAAACAUCGGAAAAUUAUUUAAGUUCUUAAUUCUCUGUAAUUCUUGUUUCUUGUUUACAUUGGAAUGGACGAUAUUUUUUCUUCA